CCCGGAAAAGCGUGCUGUGCGGUCCCUUUCGAAAAAUUACGGUGUCAAUCUCGGUCGGACCGUUUUUCGAGACACGGUAUAUUAUUUAUGUUUUCGUACUAUUUCACAUCCGAUGAAAUUUGUUCGUAAAUGAUUUUAGGAUUUUUAUGUCAUCAAAAUUGUUUCUAUAAUAAAAGUAUAUUAUUUAAAAAAAAAAACACAUAUUUUGUUAGAUAUGAUACGGUCGUCGAACGUCUAAUAUAUUUAUUACCAGUCUGCUGUCGCCACCGUCGUCGUCGCAGUGUCGAGUGUUUUGAAGAUUACUACGGUUGUGCCGUGUGUGUACAUAUAUUAUAAUUUAUGUGCGAAUAAUAAUAAUAUAUCUAAUCGAUACUGUAACCGAUCGUCCUUUUAACAGCGUAUACUUGCUAUUUAUUCGUUCUCUGACAACUUAACGUCCGUUAUUCGCGAACGCGUCAAAUCACAAAUAAAUUGUUUAAAAAACAAAAAAUUUGUGAGGUUCCUUCCGGUCGUUGUCAACGGAGAGUUUUGAUCUACUUCCACCGCCGUACUCGCAUUUCCACGGAAAGCAGUCGAGUCCGCGGGGCGCCAUGACAGGACGGCAACGUCGCAAAGCCCGCAACCAAUAGCGGGCACCAGAACUGUUGACAUUUCGAUGUUGCCACAUUUCAACCGAAGCCGCCGUCGCCAAGUGCAAUGGCCGCCGCAGAAAUCGCAACCAAGAUCGCGGUAAAUUUCACAGAAAAUUUCACGGCCAAUAUCACAGCAAAUGUCACUUCAAAUGUCACAGUCAACGACACGUUACUACACGACCAAACGACCUCCGAUCUUUACAAGGUGCCGGCCCUAUUGGUCGUCGUCCUAUCCGUGCUUUACGGUUCGAUAUCAGUGAUAGCUGUGGCCGGAAACGGAUUGGUCAUAUGGGCCAUCGUCACCAGCAAGCGGAUGCGGUCGGUCACCAAUCACUACUUGGCAAACUUGGCGUUCGCUGACAUACUCAUUGCACUCUUCGCCAUACCAUUCGAGUUUCAAGCUGCUCUGCUGCAACGAUGGAACCUACCGUCGUUCAUGUGCGCUUUUUGUCCAUUCAUUCAUGUCCUUUCCAUCACGGUUAGCGUAUUUACACUUACCGCCAUAGCUGUGGAUCGACGCCAAGCCAUUCUCAAUCCGUUCGCUGCAAGGACAUCAAAGACCCAAUGUCUGUGCGUGAUCGCAUUGAUUUGGAUCGCCGGUCUGGUGCUAAGUUCUCCGAUGGCGUAUGCACAACGAGUGGUUUUCGUGUCCGAGGACUGGCCGUUCUGCCUUAACGUCAAUCUGUCUAGCAACGUGAUGCUCGUGUAUAGGGCGCUACUAGUGGUCGUACAAUACGUCAUACCGUUGUCAAUCAUGACGUGGGCCUAUUCCGGAAUAGGAUUCGCAUUGUGGGGUUCGUCGGCUCCCGGAAACGCGCAGUCACAGAGAGACUUGAAUCUGAUGAGAAAUAAAAAGCGGGUCAUAAAAAUGCUUAUCAUCGUCGUCGCACUAUUCACAUUAUGCUGGUUACCCCUGCAAACGUACAAUAUAUUACAGCACAUAUUUCCUCAAAUAAACGAGUAUCCUUAUAUCAACAUAAUUUGGUUCUGUUUCGAUUGGUUUGCCAUGAGUAAUAGCUGUUACAAUCCAUUUAUUUAUUCAAUAUAUAACGAAAAGUUCAAACAAGAGUUCAAAAUGCGGUUAGACUUCAUGGCGGGAAAGAGGCGGCUAACCAGGGAUCUGAGCGCGUUUUCCAGCGGCCGUUUCGAGUGGCGCACCAAUCACGUGAACACUCACGAACGAAAUCUGAAGCAUAGCUCGAUAGUCACCAACGACACGCCACUGAUACUCACGCCUGACGCAUAAUCGAACGAUUGUUGACCGAUCGAAGGGCUGCGGCAUCGUGAGACGUUAUUGAUUUAAUAUUUAUUUCGGUGUAAUUGUUAUUGUUGUGGUAUCAAUAUAAAAUAUUAUAUUUUUUU